AUGCGGGGAGAGGGUGUGACUUGCGGCGGCUUUAUGCUGAUGUGCGGCGUACCAACGAUCAAAGAGGCCAACACAAAGGGACACUUUCCGCUGAAAGGCUGCCACAAAGAUGACACGGACUUAUUGUCGCUGCUGGACGACGACGACGGAAUGACAUGGCAGAGUUCUUUAAUAUCUAAGAUGGAAUGGGACCUACCAAAGAACAUUUCAAAUGGAAACAUCUCACAGUGGAUGCUAGCCUUCGUGGUUGACCAAUUCGGUGCUCACAACAAUACCAUAAAUGUCAGCCAUUGGAGAUUUCAUGGAAAACUUGCAUCUUUUAACGUGUACACAGUCCCUAAAGCAAACGUUCUGGAAGUACCCAUCAGAGAUAUCAAAUCACGUCUGGUGAUAAAAAUACAAAUUAUUGAACGUUUGUUUGGUGAAAUGAGUGGAGUUAGAAAAAAUGCAAAAGAACAUUUUCUGAUUUUUGAAACUAAUAUUGUGUCUCUGUCUGCAAAUGUUCCAAACCCCAAGUUUCUUCAAUUUUUAAAAGAUUCAAAUAUAGACUUUCCCAUCUUUGACUGUGGGGAAGAGGUCGGUGAUCGUAGAUAUGUUUCCUAUAAAAAGGUCUGUGAUUUUGUUGAUCACUGCAGCAACAAGCGGGAUGAACUACUGUGUUGGAAUUUAAGAGAAUUCAAGUAUAAUGGAAUGUUCUGCGCCUCGGGACAAAAGCUGCUCACCAAAGAAUAUAUGUGUGAUAAUGUCAAACACUGUAGAGACGGUAGCGACGAAGAAAACUGCUUUAAUAAAGACUGUAAAAGUGUACGAUGUCAAGACGGUUCCUGUCUGCCUCUACAGUGGGUCAAUGAUGGGCAUUUGGACUGUUUCAUUUACAUAACUAGUUCUUCCGAAUGUACGGCGAGUGACGAAAGCUUUCAUGAAAACCUCCCUCAACUAAAUAACAAAAGCUGUGUAUUUUCAUGUAACCGUGACAUAUGUAUAGAAGAAUCUCAGCUUAACGAUUCAGUAAAAGACUGUAAAGGUCCCGAAGGACGAUUAGCAAACACUUUUUGGAAGCUUGAGCCAUCAAACACUUGCAGGAAUAGCCACACAUUGAUUUCAGACUUUACGAGACAAUAUUUCAGCCCAACGCUGAAACUGCAGACAUUAGAUUUACGAGGUAUUCUUGCACAAGAUAUCGACGACUAUUUAUUUCAUGAUCUCACAAUUAGCCAGACGUUGUAUUCUGAUCUUUUCCAGAUUUGCUGUCCUCAGAUUAAGGGAUUAAUAAUUUCCCCACGAGCAUGUGUGGCUCCUGUAGACGUAGACGCCAUUUCCUCGUGUGCUAACCUUAUAGGGCUUGAUAUUCAGCGAUUUCUUCUCUGGAUUGUUGCAAUUCUCGCAGUUCUGGGAAACGUGACGAUCAUUGUGUAUCGGGUAAUCUGGGAUAGAUCAGUUCUCCAGACAGGAUACGGUCUGUUUGUGACAAACUUAGGUAUAUCCGACUUCAUUAUGGGUGUCUAUCUGUUGUUGAUUGCCGGGGCUGAUUCUUUCUAUCGUGACAGCUAUGUUCUCUAUGACAAGACUUGGAGGAACAGCGUUGUCUGCAAGUUGGCUAGUUUUAUGGCCUUUCUGUCGUGUGAAGCAUCAACGUUCUUUAUUUUCCUGAUCACCCUCGACAGAUUUCUGGUGAUGAAGUUUCCAUUCGGUCAAGUAAAGUUUACGUUGUCUCACAAAACUAUCGCAGUUGUGAUGUCCUGGGUGGCCAGUUUUCUACUUUCACUUGUUCCCAUUGUGUUCAACUUUGACAUCUAUUCUUCCAACGCAAUGUGUCUUGGCCUGCCCCUAACAAAUACCUACGCUAGAGGUUGGGAGUAUUCAGUUGCAGUUUUUAUUAUUUUCAACCUGAUCAUGUUUGUCUUUAUUGCAUGUGGUCAAUAUGCGAUCUUCCGUGCCAUGUCAGAGAACAGAAUAUCUAAGACAGCAACUAACAUGCCUUCUUCACGACGUGCUGAAGAUAUAACAGUAGCCAAACAACUGUCUCUUGUAGUUCUGUCUAAUUUUCUCUUCUGGUUUCCUGUGGGAAUCAUGGGACUGAUGUCUCUUGGAGGUCAUGAGGUCAGCAGUCAGGUUUAUGCCUGGACAACAGUUCUGCUUCUGCCCAUCAACUCCGCCGCUAAUCCUGUUCUGUACACUAUUCCUGCCCUACUGGAGAGGUGGCAGCAGUUCAAACGUGGAGGUUAA